AUGCGGGGCCUGACAGACGGUCGAGAUGCACUUCUCGGUAUUAGCUCGGACGCGACAGAUCGCCUGAGACAUGCCUGGGAUGGCUUUGUCGACUUUGCUAUGAGAGACAACGUUCUCGAAGUCGCUAUUGGCUUAAUGAUCGGUCAAGCUUUUACACAAGUCGUAACAUCAUUUGUCUCCGAUGUUAUUCUCCCCGUCAUCUCCUUGCUGCCUUUUAUUCACCGUAAUCUCGACGAGAAAUUUCAUGUCCUGAAAAGAGGGCCAAAUUAUGAUCAUGCCGCGGGUUACAAUACCCUUGCACAGGCGCGGGACGAUGGAGCCUUAGUCAUGGCUUACGGAGCGUUCUUGAACAACGUCAUAAGCUUCCUCGGCGUCGGGAUAGUCUUGUAUGGACUGGCCCAUUUUUAUGUCCUAAUUUCACACGAUGGAUCGAUGAUCAAGAGAACGGUCAAGUGUAAAUACUGCAGGAAAUGGAUCAAUCGCAAGGCUAUCCGGUGUACGAAUUGCUCGAGCUGGCAGGAUGGAAGGGAGGAUAUUGGACUCAGCCAGUGUGAAGAUACCGAUUAG